GAGCUGCUGAAUUUGUAGAUUAAAAUACAACAGCGAAAAACAUACGCCUGACAACAAUGCACAACAACAACAAUUUUGUUUUAUGCAAAUAUUGCAUCUUUUUUUGUUAAAUUCAUUGUUUUUAACACUCACGCAUUGUUUAAACGCGCAUGCGCAAUCCGAAUCAGCUGAUAAACUGACACCGAGUUUUGUUUAGUGCGCUACGGCUAUAUUUACGAAUUGUUGUGUAGUAAAACAGUCACAAUACACUUGUUUAUUGUAAAUGACAUGCAAAUGAUGCAGUAUUGCGCCACGCAGUGUUAACAAACAAGUGCGAUCCAAAGGAUGUAAAGAGUGGAGAAGCGAUAAUCGCGCUGAAACUGAAUCAUAGAAAUUUUUGGGGUCAAAUGAGUUGAAGCAAUGAACGGAACGAUGAAAACUACCGGUGAAACGCAGAUUCAGAUUGCGUUAGGCACACUGCUUGAUUGUGCCUAUGAUAAAAACAACUUAGUGUAUGAAACUGUCAAUACUUCACUGAGAAAAAUCGCUAAGAAGCAUCCAAAUGAGGUUCUCAAAGCGUGUUGCCUAUUUGGCAGGCGCAUUGAACCGAAACCCACCGCCGAACAUAUCGGUGUUAUUCUGGAAGCAAUGGAAGAUAUUUGUAAAGAACAUAUUGUUUAUGUUGAUGGAGAUACAAUUAUUCUUUUGCUUGAAUUUUGUCUGGAGUUAAUGACGCAGAAUCCAGGUUAUGAACCCAUGACGCAAAUGCCGGCUUGUGGCGUGUUGGUGGCAGUUGGGGUUAAACAUGGCGUACAAGUUGUUGAUGCGUUGUUAAACAAAAUGUCCGCCGGUGUAGUGCCACAUUACACAAUCCCACACACGUUGGGAUCACUUUCCAGUGCCAAUGCCUACGGGGUCGUACCGUACUUGAAAACAAUACUCGGAAUAAUGUUGCCAUUACUUGCCGGUUUGAAACAGGAACCUUUAAAGCAGGCAUUCGCGUACAGUUUAGGUAAGUUCUGCGAGGCCAUCUUGGAAUACACAACCAAUCCGGAACAAGCACCAGACUCGACAAUUUCCGUGCAAAAUUUUCAUACCGAAAUGUCUAUGGCGUUUGAUGUUUUAUUCUCCGUGUGGCUUAACGGCAAGGAAGCCAAAUUAAUCGAAACUGUUUUGUAUGCGAUGGCGGCCAUGUUUGGCAUCAUUGGAGAGGAAAAAGUUCGUCAACAUACGAAUAAAAGUGUUCAAGUUCUGCUCUCUUUAUACAGAAGACAUAAAGAAUCCCAAGCGAUUACAAAAUGCAUCGGUUCGGUGAUUUCAGUAGCGUCACAAACAGAUGGCACUCUUCUCGAACCACAAUUAACACAAAUCCUACAAUCUCUCUCGGAGUUAAUUUGUAUAGUACCAGAUUAUGCGCAGCCAGAACUUUUACGUUCCCACUCUGAAUCCCUGCGGUGUUUUGAAUGUCUUUGCACACAUUAUACAGACCAUACAGUGGAUCAUGUUCUUGUAUUGUUAAAACACCACAGCGAAAAGGAACGCAGUAAAGGAUUAAUCAUCCUUACACACCUUACAAAUUCAUCAGACGCUGCAAUCAAAAGUCGCUUGAAAGACAUCCUACUCAUGUUGAACAACAUGCUGAACGAAGUCAGCAUCAAAGUAAAACGUUCCUUGAUGAAAACAAUCGUUGCAUUUGCCUACAAAGGAUUUUUAAUACAUCCAGACGCGAACGCCGAGAAUUAUCUGCAGUUUAUUGUGAAAUUAUGCUGCAGACAACAAGUUUUAACACCGACUGAUCCGCAUGAGUUAUCGGACUUGAAACAAACCGCAGAUAACACUCUAUACAUGAUGAGUACGUCAGUGAAAGAACUUGAUAUGAUUUUAUGGAAUAUGUUGAUGAAAUGCAUGCUGAGCGCGGAUUAUGUUGAUGCGAAUGUGAUUUUAUUAAGAUGUUUGACACAUCUUGCAUCUAGGAAGAUUUGUAAGGAUAGUUGUGAGCAAGGAUUCGUUCGGUGUCUUGCAAUGUUAGGCAAACCACUGGAGCAUUACCGAGGUAACUUUGUUUUGAACUUUUUGAAAAACAUAAGAAUAUGGGAGACGGACGGAUAUAAAACAGUCUGGGAAAAUCGCCUGCCAGGACUUUUAAAAUAUCUAGAAGCAAAUUAUGAUUCUUUUAAUACGAAAGAAUGGGAGGAUAUGGUGUUUGACUUUUUAUCAGCGCUGAUUGAUUCUGUGAAAGAUCAUAAAUUUGAAGAGGGAUUAGUUCGAUGUGUCAAGGAACAAUUACCAUUUUAUGCAAUUCGACCUUCUGAUGUUGAUAUAAUGACCAAAAACAACGAAAAAAGUUUCCUGCUUAAAUGUCUUGCAAUAAUCUCUUGCCACUUGAUUGACAAGGAUCUUAUCACUGAUGUAAUGGAUACAAUUCUGCAAAGUGUCAAAUUAAACGACAUCAAUGAACUGCAAUCAUGCGCAGAAGCAAUUGGUAUAGCUUCACGAUCACAUCUCAAAUUAGUACUGGACAAACUUUAUGUCAUACGUAAAGAUGUCCUGCUUAAAAAGAAUAACAAGUUCUUCAAUUUUGGUUUUAUGAAAGGACAAAAAGGUGAAGCUGAAUUGGAAAGAAUUCGCUUUGUCUUGUUAGCAAGUUAUUCUGAAAUAUGCAAUGAGGCACCCGGUGAUUCUUUACUACCAAUUAUUCAAAGUGAAAUUCUUGAUUUUGUUUUAUUAGAACUUAGUAAUUGUAAAGAAUACGUCAUUCGAAAGGUUUGCCUGAAAGCUGUGGGUUGUAUAGCAGAUGCCAUGCAUCCAAACCGUAAUAAACUUCACAUUCAACUGCAGGAUAAAGAUAAAGUCCUGCAGGCUGUAUCAGCGCAGAUUCAACUACACAGUGGACCAGAAUACGUCGAACUCUUUCCAGUGGUGAUACCGGUGUUGACAUCCCUGGUAAGAUUACCAAAUGUACCCGAAUCACAACAACGUCUACAACUGUUGAAACUAUGUUUUGAUAAUGUUUUUAACGCAUCGGCGAUUUAUUGUAAACUGGGAAGUGAAGGGCAUGGAGAUGUUAAACUUUCACAACAUGUAUUUGCUAGUUUCUCAAAGGUGAAUCUUCUUGUACAAGAAUUACUAGUGCAGAGUAUUUCACCAGCCACUUUGGAUGAAAUCUUCACAUUACUUGAACCUUGGUUAGGACGCAAGAAACUUGAACAUAGGCUACCCGCAUUGGAGGCAUUACGCACCACUUUACAGACUUAUCUAGAUAACAUGAAAUUCGCGUAUGAAGGACCUUCAACCUUUGGACAAACUGGAAUUAUUCUCGCGAGAGUCGCCCCGAGGUGUACAGAUCCAAACAAAAACACCCGGAAAGUAGCUGUUGAAUGCGUCUGUCUUAUAUUAUGCAUUUCAUCGAGAUAUGAAGGACACAUGCGUGAUCAUGAUAAAAUCAUCAGUAAUGCUUUAUCGCAUGUGCAAGAACAGAUUGAUACAGAAGAUCCGAAGUUGAUGUUUAAUUUAGUUACGGAUUUAGCGAAUGUGAUCUGUCAUCAUGUGCCUAAGUAUCAGUUUGGACACUUGGUGGAUACAUUAAUCGAUGGUUUAUUGGAUGCGGAGCCUUCUAGCAGUGCAGGGGCGGGUGUUUUGUUAAACACGGUGGUAACUCUUAAAGGUGGUGAGCUACAACCGUUUGUGACAGAGUUGAUUGAGAAAUUAUUGGCGGUUUAUGAUAAAAUCACCAAUAAACGCACGCAGCACACAACAUUGCUCACAGUGUUGAGUUUUGGUAAUCAUCAUCUUAAACCAGUUGUAAAUGUGGUGUUACAACAGCCUUUGCCUUAUAACAACGCUGCAUGUUUAUUUUGGUCUAUAUUAGCAUCGGGCAGUGCAUUGGUUGUGGAAAUAAUGGAUGCUUUAAAAAAGAUCCUCAAAGCUGGGAAUUAUUACGAAGAAGAAAGACAUAUUGAUAAGUUAAAAAUAGCUACACUUCGACCUUUGCAGGCUCUGUGUGCUUUGCAAGAACUUUUACGAAGUGUGGAAACACAUGAAACGUGCAAAGCACAAUUCCCGGAAAUAUUUUCAUUGUUGAUCAUCGCUUUUGCUUCUAUAUACAGCAGGCCUGUCUUCGCAAACGCUGAGAAAAAAGCUAAUUCUAUAACAAAUCGCAAUGCGUAUAAGCUGCUUCCAUUUACAAUGUGUAAAGAGACUUUUAAAGCUUUCCUGGUGAAUGCCGGCUCGCAGAAUGCGGGAAAUAUCUUAUCAUUGUGUACGGAUUCGAUGGAAUCGUUUUUGGAACAUGUUCCACAGUUGAUUGAGCAUGUGUGUAAUGAUUUCCCACAGAGUUUAUCGUGGGUUGUGGCGUGUUUAGGGCCUAGUAUUCGAUCGGAAUAUGAACCGCAGCGAAUUGCAGUGACUGUGAUUUUUGCGUAUUUGUUGAAACAUAUUGGAGGUGUGGCUAGUUUGACUAGUGGCAGUGGUGAUGCUAUGUUGGCGGAGAAUGUUUUGGAUAUGUUAUUGGAUGUUCAUCAGGAUGCGAGUUGUGUUGUACGGAGAUUGUGUUUGAGAGGAUUGGGUUUUGGUGCGGAGUUUUUAAAUCCCGAGCUGGUUGUUAGAAGUUCACAGAGUAUUCUGGGGGCGCUGAUGCAGGGACUGGAUUAUAAAAAUGCAAGUGAAUCUGCAGUUGCACUCGAAUCAAUGUUAAGUUUCUCGAAAAUUCUAAAAGUAAUCGACACCAAAAACCUCGGCCAAACACAAGUGACAGCUUCAGUUCGUAUUAAGCCACUGCUACAACACGAAUCUUCCGAAAUACGCGAAGCGGCUUUCCUGCUUUUCGGAGAUUUAUCUUCAUCUCUGGGUCCUGACGAUGCUUUCAAAGAACAAAUACACGGAAAUCUAAUCACGUUACUCCUACAUUUACGUGAUGUGGACAACCAAGUCGUGAAAGCAUGCAAAUGUACCCUCAGAAAAGUAGGACCCUUUAUAGAGUCACCAAAAGUUAAUAUCCUUAUACAGGAUCAUCUCCUAGAGGAAGCAAAUCUUCAUUUUAAUCAAUUCUGUACUGAUUUUGUUAAAGCCAUGAGUGAGAAUAUGCAAGAUUAUUUCCCGCAAUUCAUCAUGACCACGAUAUCUUUCUUCAAAAGUACAUGGACGGAUAUACGCGCUAACAGCGCCCUAGCAGCAGGGUUAUUAUACUCUCAAUCUACUCCAGAGUGUAGAUCACAAGUGUCUUUGGACACUUUAAGCUACAGAUUAUUGCAGCUUGUCAAAGACAGCGAGCCUGAAGUUCGCGCACGCGCGACUGAAGCACUAGCUUACGUUUUCACAACGUAAAUAUACAAUACUAAAUAUAAUACACUUAACUAAGAGUUACUUAAAUGUAAGUAUGUAAUACUACUUAAAAGGUAACCAACAUUCCUAGUCUAUAAAAUGUUGAGAAUAUGAACUGGAAAAAUAUAUAUAUAUGACGGAAA